AUGAUUCUUGUCGCCGGACCGGCAUUGCUGAAGAACAUGUACUAUGGGAAAUUCUGGACCACGCAAGCUCGCUUCUUUGGAGUUCAGGGGCUAGCUGACAUCAACAUGAUUGAACGAAGUCUCUUCGGUCUGAGCGUGGGAGAAUCGAACGAAGGUCGGUUGAAGUGGAGCACAUCCGGAAGCCUUCAAAGCAGUGGCACGAAAGAGACCGAAUCCGGGCACUUCGAGGGAGUGGCGCCGGCCUCUCUGCCAGAGAAAGACGAAGAGGGCAAGUAUCUAUUCACAGUCAUCGACACGUAUUCUCUGGAAGCGACUGCCUUCUACGCAGACCGCCCACCUACGGUUGUGCUAGUCUGUGGUCGAGCCAACGGGAUGCAGCGAGCUGUUCUUUGCUCAUAUGACUGGACGACCCAGACGUUCACGCGAGAGGUUGUGUUGAGGAUGAAGACAAUUGUGCUGAAUCGUAUGUUCAGAGUUGAUCAAUGCCGGGUGGCCUUCCGUAGAUAA